GGUUUAGUAUCGGGUUGCGUCCCAUCGACGCCGCUGCACGUAUUGUUGUAGUCUCGAACGUUCACGCGCCUGCGCCCUACAAACACUAUCCAAUUCAAAACAUUGCUCUAAUACUAUUUUUUAGGUAUUUUACAUAUGUGGCUGUGAUAUUAUUAUCUAAAAAUGAGCCUGCGGACGGAAUGGAGCGUCAUUCAGUGUUGUUUAUCAGGCCAGUAAUAGUGAUUUGUGAUAGUGAUCGACAUUUAAGUGAUACGUUAUCAAUAAGGACACUCUAAGAUCCGCAAGGCAUGAGGCGCUUCGACUAGGCAAACAUAAAAUGUUAAGAUUCGUUCGUGAAUGAGAUGCGGACAGUGCGAACUUAAAGUGCGUGUUCAUAAAAGCGAUGCAUGGUUUGUGAGGGCGGUACUGCGGUCAUGGACAUGAGCGGCGAGGGUGGUGGCUCUACUGGCACGCUCCAGCAGCGCUGGUACGACAGCCGGGUGAACGGCAGUCCUGCCGCUGGUGACGUCAGCUCCGACGCUAACGGCGAUGGCUUCUUCCACUCGCCGCUGGAAGGCGGGCACCAUAGUCGGGCCCGCUACUACCAUCAACAAAUGCAUGCCCCUUAUUCGUCCGCUGUGGGAUCGCAUGGUCGGACACUAGGCAGCGGGAGUGGUCAAGUGUGCAGGCCUCACUUCCACACGCCGCUUCACCCAUGGCUGGACUCCAAGGCUCUAAGCGGUGGGUGGGGCAGCGGCUUCCAACAGGACGCUCAAGCAGACAAACCCCUCUCUCCCGCCCAACAUCCACAUCCUCACCCCCUUUUCUCCUUCCCCCCAACGCCUCCGAAAGACUCCACUCCUGAUUCCGUUGCAGCGGCAGCAUUAGGUCAACAAGACUACCAGGCAGCUGUCGCUCACGCCACAGCAAUGAGUGUGGCGUUCAUGCAGCAACAGCAGGAACUGCCACUCUGCGGAGAUGUGAAGCCCAUGAUGGGGGCUCCGUCUUCUAAGCAACGCGAAGGUGCGCAGGCAGACUCGUGCCCUCAAGAGAGUCAGCCCUCUGGAGAAUACAACGUUCAAUACGGCAGUAGCGACUACUACAACUACCAGGGGAAGGGAUAUACCGGGCAGCAGCAAAAUAAACCCCGCCCGAACAAGACGCGAACGAGCGCUGCCUGCCAGGAGACAGAGGGUCGAGAGUGCGUGAACUGUGGAGCAACAAGCACUCCUCUGUGGAGACGCGACGGAACUGGCCAUUACCUGUGCAACGCGUGCGGCCUAUACUAUAAGAUGAACGGACAGAACAGACCUCUGAUCAAACCUAAACGAAGAUUGGUGAGUUCGCUUCAAUCUGCGGCGCGGCGCGCGGGGACUUCGUGUGCCAACUGCAAGACUACCACCACGACGCUGUGGCGACGGAACCAGAACGGAGAACCAGUCUGCAACGCCUGCGGACUCUACUACAAACUACAUAACGUAAACCGGCCAUUAACAAUGAAAAAAGAAGGAAUUCAAACACGAAAUAGGAAACUCAGCAGUAAGAGUAAGAAGAAGAAAGGAGGAAUGGGCAUGGGUGGUGGAGGGGCUUGCGCACUCGCUCUCGGAGGAGUAAUGGGAGAUAUGAUGAAACCUUUGGGAGAUGCUACCAAAGGAUUUGGUGGCUCUGCUUUCCCUUCAGCUAUGGAUUUCGGUCAACACCAAGUAGGUUUGGUCCACCCUGCAGCGGCACAUAUGUCACAUUGGUACGGCGCACCACACCAGGGCUUCGCUCCACCUCCGACUUCCCAUAACCCCUACCAUCACCAUCACCUAGCGCAGCUCAAUUCUAUGACUGGCUGGAGGAGUGAAUAUACGUGAUAAGGAACCGUAGAAAAGAUAAUUUAUUAAAUCUAUUACUUGUUUCCUAACUAACGGAACAAGUAACGUAGUACUGUGAUUUCAUUUUCAUACUGACGGAAGAAUUUCGUCAUCAUUGACACCUUAUGAUAAUGGUAAGACUGUAACAGAAUUGAAAUUUGUUACACAUGUUAUUGUACAAAAACGUACGUUGAUACAAACAUAUCUUAUAAGAAAAUCCAGGUACAGAAAUGAAACUAAUGAAAGCAGAAAUUUUAAAAAAGCAUUGCGAAUUCAAUCAGUUAUAGUGAUACAAAAGUUUACUGGAAUUGAGGACUGCAUUUGAAACACCUCUUAAAUGCAAGAAUAUUUGAACUAUUUUAAUUAAUACACAAAUAAAAUUUUAAACAAAAUUUUAUGAACGAUGCGGGGCUCUCUCAAUCUGAGAGUUGAACAAAGUAUACAAGAUUUUAUGAGAUACGUCAUUUGAUCUGUUAGAUCAACGCAUCGUUCAUAAAAUUUUGUCUUCAAAUUUUAUUUGUGUACUGAUCCUAGAAGUGAGGGUUAUCACUUUAAAAACAUAACAAAUUAUUUUAAUUAAAUUAUAAAAAAUGAUAUUUGGUUACUACACUGGCCCGGUUAAUUCAGUCGUUAGAGAAAUAAUAUAGCGAUGUUUAGACUGUCUCUGCUAAAUACGAUUUUGAAUUAUACCUUAUUUGAAUUACGCAAGAUAUAAAAUUUCUACCUUAACUAGUGAAUACUCAUCAUGGUUUGUAAAUGGGUGUUUGAUUAAUGAAGUUUUGAUAAAGACUUUGCGUUUUCUAUUUUGGGUAUUUCUACACGAGAAUGCUUAUAAUAUACAGUGAUUGUUUUCCUGCAAGUAUUAAUCUUGAGUGUUUUGUAACUAGAGAAAUUGUACAGUAUUAUAUACUAUGAUAAGGUCGAUUAUUGUCUGCAUUCAUAAUUCGUAUAAGUAGGCAUUGUUUAAAUCAAUUUGUGUAUUUUGUAAAUAUCUCUCUAAGUUAUAUUACGUUCCUGUAAAGAUUGUUUUAUUAUCAUAUUUUUGUAUUUAAUUUUCGUUUCGCAAGUAAUUGUGUUCAGAGAUAUUUCGUAAAAGUUUUGUAAAUUUGAUUUUAGUAGACUUAAUCGAAAUGCAAUAGUAAUUUAUAUGAUUAGCUUAUAGUUAUAUGUGUAAAUACGGUUUUAAAUGUUCAAUUAUUUUUGUAAAUGGGUUCAAAAUAGCGGUCACAGAUUUGGUUCGUUUGUUUCUUGUAACAAUCCUAAAUAUUGAAGAAAUCAAUUUGUAUUUUUGUGGCCAUAAAGAUGCCUAUGUCAUUUAUGAAAAAAGCUACAACUUACUAAAAAAAUGGUAAUAAUUAAUUCUAUAGCGGUCUGAAAGCGCACAGUUAAGGCGGUUGUUAGAUAUUUUUCCAAAAAAGCUGCUAGUAAGUCAAUAUCUGUUAUCACAAAUGACAUAGUGAAUUUUAAAAUAUAUUAUGUAAAUAUGAAUGUAUAUGAAAAUGUAGAAAUUAAAAAUGACAUGUAAUUACAUAACUAGCAAUCACUCACAGACACGAGCAACCCAUUAUUGUAUUCCCGUAACUAAAGUUUUAGUUUUUAAAACAGAACAUUGUGAAGUUGUGUAUUUUAAAUAAAAUUGCGAAUAAAUUAUCAAUCAUUGAUAUUUCAACAA